GCUAUAUAUCUCACCCCCCCCUUCCUAAAACGGCGCCGCUUGUGGAAAAACUUUCUCGGGAAUGCGUGGCGGGCGAGGGAGACCUACGGCAGGAACAUCAUGUCUCUGUUAUAAAUGAAUAGCCCCUAUGACCAACAUGAGCUGGAGUUUCCUAACCCGCCUGCUAGAAGAAAUUCACAAUCACUCCACCUUCGUGGGGAAGGUCUGGCUCACCGUCCUGAUCGUCUUCCGGAUUGUCCUCACGGCCGUCGGAGGCGAGUCCAUCUACUCCGACGAGCAGAGCAAGUUCACGUGCAACACCAAGCAGCCUGGCUGCGACAACGUCUGCUAUGAUGCCUUUGCGCCGCUGUCCCACGUCCGGUUCUGGGUCUUCCAGAUCAUCAUGAUCUCCACGCCUUCCGUCAUCUACUUGGGCUACGCCAUCCACAGGAUCGCGCGGUCCACUGAGGACGAGCAAAAGAGGUUCAGGAGCUUCAAGAAGAAAAAGCAGUUUGCGCUGAACUGGCAAGCGGUCCGGAACUUGGAAGACCCCUUGGGGGCGGAGGAGGAGGAACCCAUGAUAGGUGACGACGUCGUUGAGAGCGAAGAGAAGGCCAAAGCCAAGGAGAAAAAGAAGGAGCAGCCGAAACACGACGGGAGGAGACAUAUCCAAGAGGAGGGCUUGAUGAAAAUUUACGUCUUCCAACUUCUCACCAGAGCCACUUUUGAAGUUUGUUUCUUGAUAGGCCAGUACUUGCUCUAUGGCUUUGAAGUCGCCCCGUAUUAUCUUUGCACCCGAGAGCCUUGCCCUCAUGACGUCGACUGCUUUGUGUCGAGACCGACAGAGAAGACCAUUUUUCUCUUGGUGAUGUACGUGGUCAGCUGCCUUUGCCUGUUGCUCAACGUGGCCGAGAUGUGCCACCUGGGCGUCGGGACCAUCCGAGACGCCAUUCGGGAGCGAAAAAUACACAGCUUUCGGCAGCCCCCUUACAAUUAUGCUGCCUACCCAAAGAACAUCUCCUGCCCUCCAGAAUACAACCUGGUGGUGAAAUCGGACAAGCAGGCAAAGGUCCCCAACAGCUUGAUGGCUCAUGAGCAGAACCUGGCCAACGUGGCUCAAGAACAGCAUUGUACCAGCCCCGACGAGAACAUCCCACCAGACUUGUCCACACUCCAUAAACACUUGAGGGUGGCUCAGGAGCAACUGGACAUUGCCUUCCAGAGCUACAACAACACCCAGCCAAACACCCAGCCAUCACGAACCAGCAGCCCGGAGUCGGGUGGGACCGUGGCCGAGCAGAAUCGCGCCAACACUGCCCAGGAGAAACAAGGAGCGAAGCCCAAAGCCAGCUCGGAGCGAGGCAGUUCUAACAGCAAGGAUGGGAAGAAUUCUGUAUGGAUAUAGCAAAGGGGCGGAUAAGGGUCUUUCGAGCCAAGUUGGGGCAUCAGGAA